CCGCCGCCGCCGCCCGCCCCCCUCGCCAUGCAAGGGCUGUGCUGCUGCCUGUGCCUGGUGGCGGCCGCCGUGGCGGGGCUGUCGGCAGCCAACCGCAACUGCCCGGACCUGGUCGUGGACAGCUGCUUGUGCACCGCCGAGCGCUCCAAAGGACCCGGCCGACAGACCGUCCGCAUCAAAGUUGUCUGCAGCGGAGGCGAGUUGGUGGAAACUUUGCAGCCUGCCUUGUUGCCCAACCGCACCGUGUCCCUAAUUCUGAGUAACAACAAGAUCUUGUGGUUAAAGAACAACUCUUUCAUUGGACUGAGAUCCUUGGAGAGACUAGAUCUGAAGAAUAACUUGAUUAGUACUAUUGAGCCUGGGGCCUUCUAUGGACUUUCGGAACUGAAGCGUCUGGAUCUUUCUAAUAACAGAAUUGGCUGUUUAACACCUGAAAUCUUUGUUGGCCUUAAAAACCUUCAUAAAUUGAAUUUAUCAGGGAACAUUUUUUCAAGUCUCAUGAAUGGACUCUUCUCUGAGCUUUUAGCUCUGAAAGCCUUACAUUUCUACACUGAUUCUCUCACCUGUGACUGUAAUCUCAAAUGGGUUUUACACUGGGCUAGAAAUGCCUCAGUUCGGAUCUCAGAAGAAACAGUUUGUGCUUUCCCCAGGAGUUUACAAGGAACAGCAUUUCAGAACCUGAAAGAAAAUCAGCUGAUCUGCGCUGGACCGCUGGAGCUGCCUCUAUUUGAAUUGAUACCAUCCCAGAGACAGGUGGUUUUUCAUGGCGACCGCUUGCCAUUUCAGUGUACAGCAACAUACCUCGAUAAUACUACACAAGUGCAUUGGUACCACGAUGGACGCCUAGUUGAAACGGAUGACGAAAGUGGCGUGUUUGUGGAAGACAGCAUAACGCAUGACUGCUGUUUAAUCACACGUGAGCUUAUUUUGUCCAGCAUUGAUUUUGAUGCAACAGGAAUGUGGGAAUGUAUGGUCAACAACUCCUAUGGAAACAUCUCUAAGCAGGUGGAAAUCGUUGUACUAGAAACAGCUGCACCUUAUUGCCCUGCUGAAAGGAUAGUUAACAAUAAAGGAGAUUUCAGAUGGCCCAAAACUCUGGCUGGUGUAAUUGCUUACCACCCAUGUCUUCAGUAUUCUGUCAAUCCCGCUUCCCUCUUGAAUGGAGCAGAAGAGUCAAAAGCAUGGCGUAAGUGUAAUCGCACAGGUCGGUGGGCUGAAGAAAGCUAUUCUGAAUGUCCUUACUCACAAGAAGCUACUCAAGUCCUUCAUGCUUUUAGUCAGAUGCAUCUUAACUCCACAAAUGCACUUGAAUUUUCCCAUCAGCUUGCAACCUACACAAGGGAUGCUGCCAACUUUUCAGAUAAGGAGGACAUUAUCUAUUUGGCUUACAUGCUGGAAAAGCUAAUCAUAUAUAUGGAUGAAAUCAAAGAUCUUGCAGAUGCUGUAGUUGAGAUUGCCAGCAAUAUAAUGCUGGUAAAUGACCAUGUAUUAUGGAUGGCACAAAAGGAAGAUAAAGCUUGUACUAGGAUUGUACAGUGUGUGGAACAUAUUGCAAAUCAAACUCUGACCAGUAAUACACAGGUCAUAUCAAAGGUUUCUCUUAAUAUUGCUCUGGAGGCCUUUAUGAUCAAGCCAUCUAGCUUCAUGGGGAUGACUUGCACUGCCUUCCAGAAAAUAUCUGCAGAUCCAGACAGGUCACUGAGCCGCAACACAGGGAACAGGGAGACAGACCAACGUUUGAAUUUUAAGUGCAAUGCUGGCAGUCAUAGUGCCUCUGUGGUUAAUUUCUUCCCAAUGGAUGCCGUGGCAGUAGCUUCAGCUCAUUUGCCACGGUCUGUCCUCUCUUCGUCUUCAGCCUUGCAAUCUGUUGAUAACUCCUCUUGCAAGCUACAGUUUAUUGCCUUUCGGAAUGGAAAACUCUUCCCGAGCACUGCAAACUCAUCUAACCUUGCAGAUUAUGGGAGGCACAGGACCAUUGGCACACCAGUUGUCUUCAUUAAAAUAGAUGGGUGCAGUAUCGGAAACCUCACCAGUCCUCUUACUAUAGCAUUGAAGCACUUUACACAGGGUAUAAACCCCAUUGCAGUCUUUUGGGAUUUUGACCUUCUAGAUGGACAUGGAGGCUGGUGGGGAGAAGGGUGCUACAUAAUUAGCUCUACAGGCAACAUCACUACCCUUCAUAGUACUCACUUUGGUAACUUUGCAGUGCUAAUGGAUCUGAAGACAGUGUUGACCCUCCCCCAGUACCCUGGGGAGUUCCUGCACCCUGUGGUCUAUGCAUGUACUGCUGUCAUGCUGUUGUGCCUGUUUGCUUCAAUUAUCACCUAUAUUGUGCAUCACAGCACAAUUCGAAUCAGCAGGAAAGGCUGGCACAUGCUUCUCAACUUCUGUUUCCAUUCUGCUCUCACUUUUGCUGUUUUUGCUGGUGGAAUAAAUCGUGUAAAAUACCCAAUUAUCUGUCAAGCGGUUGGCAUAGUAUUGCAUUAUUCUACACUCUCUACAAUACUGUGGAUUGGAGUGACUGCAAGGAAUAUUUAUAAGCAAGUCACGAAAAAGCCUCAGACCGCCCAAAACAGUGACCAGCCUUCUUAUCCAAAGCAGCCAUUGCUCAGGUUUUAUCUGAUUAGUGGAGGAGUUCCUUUUAUUAUAUGUGGAAUUACAGCGGCAAUCAACAUAAAUAAUUACGGGAUAAAAAACUACGCAGAAGCGCAAUUUUGUUGGAUGGCAUGGGAGCCAAGUCUCGGCGCAUUUUAUGGACCAGUUGCCUUCAUUGUCCUGGUGACUUGCGUUUACUUCCUCUGCACGUACGUGCAACUGAGGCGUCACCCGGAGCGCAAAUACGAGUUGAAAGAAAGGACGGAAGAUCAGCAGAGGCUGGCAAGUCCCGAGGUUGGCCAUAGCCACAUCACCGAUUCUGGAUCUGUCUCCCAGGCGACAUGCUCAAUGAUGUCUUCUUCCUUGUUGGAAAAUGAGCACUCAUUUAAGGCUCAGCUCCGAGCUGCAGCUUUCACUUUGUUCCUGUUUACCGCCACUUGGACCUUUGGUGCACUCGCAGUUUCCCAAGGACAUUUCUUGGAUAUGAUAUUCAGCUGCCUCUAUGGAGCAUUUUGCGUUACCUUGGGGCUCUUCAUCCUUAUCCAUCACUGUGCAAAGAGAGAUGAUGUCUGGCAUUGCUGGUGGUCCUGUUGCCCAUCUCGGAGAAACACAUAUUCAGUGCAAGUUAAUGUCCGGCCAAAGGUUAACGUCAACGGGGAAAGCCAGGUCCACGUCCCGUGUCUCCAAGAAUCGCCUUGCCCUGCUAAAUCUGCCGUUUUUAAUCACCCAGCUGCUAGCCACUGCAAACUUACAAAUCUACAAGCUGUUCAAAACCACGUCAACUGCCUUUCACCCGUCACGCCAUGCUGUGCGAAAAUGCACUGUGAUCAGCUGCUGGAAGACGAUGCUCACAUUCACGUACACAGCGAGGGAACUUUCCGGCCCAACAUGCACAUCCACAGAUGCUUGAAAAGCAGAACUAAGCCACGCUACUUCAGCCGGCAUCGGUCUGCGGGGGAAAGAGAGUACGCUUACCACAUUCCUUCCAGCAUCGACGGCAGCAUCCACAGCUCACACACAGACAGUCCGCACAGUGCACAUGACGGCCAGACGGGCCACAGGCGGGCAUGUUGUGCGAAAAGCGACCCAUAUCCCACCAUCAGUCAGCCGGAAAGCAGCGAUGCAAGUACUGUGAUCUACAGUUGCGCUACAGUGCCAGAGAGCGAGACAGCGCACCAUGCAGCUCAUUUUGAGAUGCACCCGCGGACCCAGUCUUUACCAUUUAGUACAACCAGCCACAAUGGGAUUCUAAAGGGGAACCUGCACGAAGCCAUGAUCUACAGUUCAGACAGUACAGGAAAUAUCAAAACGGGGCCCUGGAAGAAUGAAACUACUGUGUAGUUGGGCAACCCAGUUCUUCUCCUUUUGCAGCUCAGACCAUCUUAGGCUGCAAUCCUAUACACACCUGGGAAAUGAGCGCCAUUGGACUCAAUGAGGCUCACUUCUGAGUAGAAAUGCAUAGGAUUGCACCGUUAACCUUUGUUUUCCUUCUAACCUGAGUAAGAUUCUACAUGUUUGCGUAGCGCAUCAGUCAAUUGUACAGGUUUCUCAACCUAUUGUUUUCUUAAUAAGAAGAGGCUUUUAAAAAGUAGCAGUGGUUUUGAAAUUAUUUUUUAAAGAAUUAUGGGAAAUGGUUGUGGGGGCUGGGGGUGUUGGGAAAUAAACCUAGGGAGUAGAAUACAAGGCAAUAUCCUUUGUUACCAUUCGCAGUAAAUGUUUUCCUUUCCUUUUAUUUUAUUAUAUAUUUCUAACUAUUCUGCAUUAGCAUCAGCCACUUUGAAAUGCAUAUCAGCAUCACAGCCUUUCCUUCGUCAUUCUUAUGGGGGGGGGUGAUUUUGGAAGUUACAAUAGUGAAAGAGGAGGAGGAAUUUCUAACCAGGUUUAACACAGCUCUUUAGAUCUAUGAAGACCACCUGUAGCAUACGGCCUGUAAAAUCAUGUAGUGUACAGUCGCUGUUACGUCUCUCUUCUGCUGGAGAGAAAUACUAGGUAACGUCCCUUUUUGACAUCUAUGGUGCUGUGUUGGUUGUUACUUCUUUUUGUCCCUUUUUCUGCAUGACACACAGGUCAGGAUAAUUUGCUGUUUUCUAGUGUUAACGUGUGAAAUGCAGGGGCAGGGGAACCAAAAACCUUAUUGUAAAAGGCCGUGGCUAUUCAUGUAGGUAUUACUCUAGAGCAUUUUGAAUCUAUGAAAAAAAAGGGAGGUGAGAGAAACCCACCACUGCACUAGUUUUAAGUGGCACAAUCCUUUGUAUAAGGUUAUAUGAUAGCUUUGAUAAGGGUCCACUCUAAUGUCUCUACAGAGCAUGCACUAUUCAUUGUAUGUGGCACUGUGCAGUGUAAUAGCAGCUGUCUCCAUGAGUUUCACUUCUUUGUAAUUAUGCCUUCUGGAACCAACCUGCAAGCUGUUCUACAAUUGUCUUUUUUAUAAACAGCACCACCAAGUACAGUUUAUCAUUAACUCUUUGAGGACUACAGUCAUGCACUUAAUGAAUUACUUAGGGCACCAUCCAGCCCAAGUUCAGCAUUUUGGAGGACCAUUGCUUUUAAUGGAAAAGGGGAAAACACUCAAUGUGCUUAUUAAAUCUUCCCCACUGAAAUCAAUGGGACAUCAAAGUACUAAGCUUUUACUGGAUCCUUCCCUUCAUCUGAUUUGGAGCUGUGUUCAAGGAAAGACUUGUACAUGCAAUACUAAUAACAAUGUAGUCCAGACUACUCAAAUAAAGGGGAAUCUAUCAAUUUUUAAGGCUGCAAUUCUUUUCUUUCUUUCUUUCUUUCUUUCUUUCUUUCUUUCUUUCUUUCUUUCUUUCCCUUUUCAAAAGCCCCUUUCUAGGGAGUCAGCAACACUGAAUGCAGUGGGCCUUACUUCCAAGUAAGCGUGCAUAGGAUUGCACUAUAAAGAAAUAUAAUUUUAAAGAUAUUUAUUUAUCAAUUCCACAUUUUGAGUCAAAUCCUUCCCUUCCCAUGCCCUUCCGUCCUCUGGCAAAUCAAAUUCAGUAUUUUCUGUAUACUUCCAUGCAAAUUUGACCUUCAGUUGCAUGACUUUUCACUGAGCUAUUCUGCUCAGCUGCAGGACAUUUUAGGGUCAGUAGCAUUCUCUAUUCAGGAAGCUUUAGGCAAAGGAUUGGUUUUUUUAAAACAAAAUCAAAAUCAAAAUAGAUAUCCAUGAACAUCUGGACACAAGGCUCCAACAGACAACAAAAAAUAGAAUUAUAAUUACCCAGUUUUUUUAUUUAAAAAAUCAAAAACUUUCAAUAGAGUCUGGUUAUAAAUUGGUGACCUAAAGUGAAUGGCACUAUACAGCCACAGAGGGCAGGGCAGAAGGAGUCUUUAGCAAAAGAGAGAGAGAGAGAGAGCGCAUCAUAUUUCCACAAUUAAAAAACAAAUGCAACAAGCACAAUGUCAUAUGGCCGCCAAGAAAAAAAUUUAUAGACAUAUCACACACGUUCCAAGUAUCCAUUACAUUAAUUUAGGUAGUUCCCUGGGGAUGUGCAUUAUUUUGUCAAGAUCUUUGCAAAGUUCAACUCAUGUGUUCUUAUCAGCAUGUUAUGAAUCCCUCCCAUUUAUGAUAUGUAAAAAUAUAUUUCCUUACAGUGUACAUAACAGAUGAUUAUUAUAAUUGUUGGAAUGUUAUAUAAAAAUGUGUGUCAAGAUGAAUGUGUUCUGCAGUGUUUGCAGGUGGGAAUUAGUACUCAAAGGGUUAAUGCUCAGUAUCUGAGUGCAAGGAAUUUCCUUUUUUUCCUUUCUGUAUUUUUAUAAAGUUAAAAUAUAUAUUGUAAAUUACAGCAGAUAAUGUAUCCAUUGUGUGUGUGUUGUUGUUGUUGUUGUCAUUGUUGUUGCUGCUGUUGUGUGUAUCUUUCGAAGGUGAACAAAGCAGAAUGCACUAGGUGGGUGUUGAGUUUUGAACAGUAUUCAGCCUUUUUAUGAUUGCUUCUUUUAGAUGAUGCAAAAAGGAAAAAAAAUACCCUGAGCUUUAUAAUGUAUAUGCUGUAUAUGCUUGAAUUGUCUCAAAUCUAAAAUACAGUAUUUUGCAAUGUGUGCAUAAUA